CUUCAGUUGACUCAUGAUUUCAAUCAGUGGAUCAUAAAUUUUUUUUCAUUUGUAGGUACAUAGGUACAAUACAGAGAACUUCCUGUAGAGUAUGUCUUAAUUUUUUAAACAUAUUUAACAAACGAUAAUAUAAAACACAUAGACGAUUCAAGAUUAUUUGUUUGCUUUCAGUUCAUCAUUUUAUAAUACAAAAAAGGUAAACAGAUUAUUAUUAUUAAUAUUAUUGUUUACUUAUUAAGUGAUCUUGUGAAUUUUGAUUGAUCAAAUAAUAAAUUCACAAAUGUAUAAAUUGAAUCGAUGCAAGCAGUUCAUACGAAUCAUCUAUUCAAUAUGCAUAAAACACAGUUUAGUCUCAUUGUUUUAGUGCUAUUGAAUGUUUAUGGAAAUCGAGCCAUCUUUUGGAAUAUAGAAAACUCUGAACUACUAGUUUUACACAAUGCAUAUAGAAGGGAUAUAAAGUAUGGUACUGUUCUCGAUCAACCAAAAGCAGAUAGUAUGCUCAAACUACAAUGGAGUCAUAAAUUGGCUAAACUAGCUCAAGCAUGGGCAUUUCAUUGCGUGCCAACACGAAGUAACUUAACCAUGAGGGAUGGUUCAAAAUGGACAUAUGUCGGCCAGAAUAUUGCUGUCGUUUCUAAAGUUAGAGACGCAGUGUCUGUGUGGUUUGACGAACAUAAGAACUACAAUUUCAAUAAAAAUAUUUGUCGACCAAAUAAAACCUGUGCAAAUUACAAACAAUUAGCAUUUGCCGAUACCACACAUAUUGGAUGUGGGUUUGCAAAGUGUAAAAAUCUAGAAGCACCAAAUAACAUACUUGUUGUUUGCAACUAUGGACCAGGGGGUAAAUAUAUCAAUAGAAAACCUUAUGAACCCAGAUUUUAUGAGGAUUUACCCUAUUUCAUUAUAGUCUAAUAACCGAAUAUGACUAAUGUUCAUGUAUGAAAACAGAAUAAUGUUUAAAUAUUUUACACUUUAACACAGUAUGGUUUAAAUUCAUGAUUAGAUAGAAUGUAUGAAUAACUGUUUGGUUAAUUAUAAGAAUGAUUAAAAUAUUUCAAAAUCAAAAGAAUUUUCUUUUAAUAAUUAUAUUCAACCAUAUUUAUUUAAAGAAAUAAAUCAAAGAGAUUAUACUGAUUCAGUGGCCCGGAGGUUAAGCGUUAACCCGCGGGCCUGAUAGUUCCUGGGUUCGAAUCCCGUGGGUGGAAUCGUGAAUGCGUAUUGCUGAGGUGUUCGAUAAUCGAACUAAACAGUCGUCCAAUGCUUCCAGGUUUUCCAUGGUGAUCUAGCGUUAAAUGACUUUUAUAAAUUCAACUAUUAAAAUUAUUAUAAUAUUCACCAAAUCCCAUUUCUGACAACAAUUAUGUAAUAGUUUAUAAUAAGAGUUAUUAUUACGUAAAUGUUUCAUUUACAUAGAAGUAUGUGUAUGAGAAUAUAACUUGAUAAAGUAAACAUUAUUUUUGUCUAGUAGAACAUUGUAAUAUAACUGUGAAAAUUGAAGUGUCAUCAUUCAUGUUGACUGAUAUGAAUGAUGACCAUGAUGAUGAUGUUGAUGAUAAUAAAUGUAAUGUGAUUCAUAAUUCAUUUUCGUCCGAAACAUUCAGUCAAACUCCACUGAAUAACGACAAUCAUAAUACAAAUUAAGUAUGUAAUACUUUAGAGGAAUUUAAUUUGAAUAAUUAGUCAAAUGGUAUGAAUAUCAACUCUCUGAAAUAACUUUGUACUUGAGCUUAGAUAUGAAAAUAGACAAAGGAUAAAAUAGACAAAUAUGCAUACAGUAUAAUCUAUAACAUUACAAAUACACAUGAAGAGGUUGGAUAAGUUGGCAGAGUAAAUUGUAACAAUCUGUAUUAUUAGUUGACGUUAGGACUGUAACUUUCAUUCAGUUCAUAUGAUUCAAGUAUGAC